AUGACUAGUCAAGAGAGUAAUGAUGGAUCAAUUUCCUAUGGAUGGUGGAUUGCCACUCUUUUAAUAGGAAUUGUCCUGAUGAGAAUAUUGCAAUUAAUUAUGAAAUUGAAAAGACAAAUAAGCAAGGCUGGUGGAACUCCUGGUUAUUGGCAAUUAUUGGCUGAAGGCUUGUUUAUCAUGCCAAUUCUUUCGCCCUAUAUUGCUCAUGGUAAUUUCCCAGUGAUUCAAGGAUUGAUUGCUAAGGAGGAAGAGAGAGCUAAGGGAAGUGAUGAAAAGCAAUUGAUUAUUCGUGUCAGUACUCCCUAUAGAAAUAAUUAUGUAAUUUGGGAUAAGGAUUCAGUGAAGGAAGUUUUAGUUACAAAAUCAUCAUCCUUUCCAAAACCUUUGGAUUUUUAUGAACCUUUCAAUAUUUUCGAUAAGGAUGCUACUUCAAUUUUGACAGCUGCCGAUGGUCCAGUUUGGAAGAAUCAUAGACAUGUGGUGGCUCCUUCAUUCUCAACUGGUAAUUUGGUUUUUAUGAGUCAAGUGACUGUAAAGACAGUUGAUGCAUUGUUUAGAACAAAGUGGAAUAAGUUAUUGGACCAGGAUAGUAAGGGAUUCAUUAUGGAUAUGGAAGAUACUACAGCUGUCACUCUUCAAAUUAUUGGUGAAAGUGGAUUUGGUAUGGAUUUUGGUGUUUUCGAUGAAACUAGCUCUGAUUCUAAAAAGUUUAGAGAAGCAUUGAAUAUUGUCGUGAGAGUUGACUAUUAUGCCAGAUUCUUCCUUGCUAAAAUCCCAUUCCUUUACAAUGCAGUUUCUGAUUAUACUGGAAAUACAGAAGCUCUCAAGGUGAUGAGUGAAAAGCUUGAACAAUGCAUUUCUCAAAGAGUAGCCGAAUUCAAACAAGAUCCAGAAAAACCAAUGAAUGAUUUAUUGUCGCUCCUUGUUAAGGCAAACAUGAUGGAUGAAAAACUCACACUCAAUGAAUUGAAGAGUAACAGUUACAUCUUCGUAGUUGCAGGUCAUGAGUAUUGA